AAAGCAAGUGUACGAAACGGCGACGAGAACAUGGCUGACGCUGAACGUAUGUCGUAAAAAUCAUAGAGAUUUAAGACAAGUGAUUGAACAGCUGAGUUGAUUUCGGAGUAACUUUUCAUAACUUGAUUUUAACUUUUAAUUUCUAAAGAAACUUCUGUCAUAAACAAUGAGCAGCAGAGAUCCAACUCCUGACUCAGAUGUUUGACUGGCAGAAGGUAAAGUGGACUUCCUGAGUAUUUCCUCUUGUACUGGUGAAACUAAUAUGGUGAGGUAAUUCAUGACUUUCUUCAAACAUCAAGUCUUCACGCUUGACUUGAAGGCAAAGUCAUAGAAAGAAAGAUUUCAUGGUUGUCUGUCGCAAAGACCCACUGGACCUGGAUACUGAAUCGGGAACAACGGCUACUCAGAUAGGUGAAGUUAACCCCAAUGAAGCAGAAAAGACAGUGGGGACUUCCCUACCGAUGGUGUCUCGAGCCAUCCUGAUUAGUCGGCCAAAUUCUCACCCAUUUCAAGAAAGGCAUCUUAUUUUAGAUCAACCUGUGAAAGUGGGCCGAUCUGUUGCAAGAUGUCGACCUGCUCCAAAUAAUGCAAUAUUUGAUUGUAAAGUCUUAUCUAGAAACCAUGCUCUCUUGUGGUAUGAAAAUGGCAAGUUCUUUCUACAGGACACCAAGAGUAGCAAUGGAACAUUUGUCAACAACCAACGUCUCAGCAAGGGAUCUGAAGAGUCGCCAGCAAGAGAGGUCAGCUCAGGGGAUAUUGUCCAGUUUGGUGUCGAUGUUGUGGAAAACACUAGAAAAGUGACCCAUGGAUGUAUUGUAGCAACCCUAAAACUAUUCUUACCAGAUGGGAAGGAAGCAAAAGCAAGCCCAACCACUGCUGUGGUUUCAACCUCACCUGGUACUACCAUCUCCACACAGGACCUCUACCAGCUAUCCCAGUACCUUCAGGAAGCUCUUCAUCGAGAGCAAAUCCUAGAAACUAAGCUGGCCACACUACAGAGAGUAGUGUCUAACUCUCAAGAAGCAUCAGACAGUGGUUGGAAAGUUUUGAUUGAUGAAGAUCGACUACUAAGUCGAAUAGAAACACUAGAAAGUCAAUUACAGGAUGCUUCCAAAAAUACUUGUGAAGAUAAGCUAAGGGAAGAACUAACGAAACUUCAGGAAGAAAAAGAUAAAUACCAGAACACUGCCAAGGAAUCUCUAAGAAAAGUUCUUCAGGAAAAGCUAGAAGCAGUACGAAGGGCUCAAGAUCUUGAGAGUUCUUUGACUGCAGCAGAAGUAGAAUGUAACCAUCUUCAUGAUGUCUAUGAAAACACACAGAGAGAACUCCAGCUUUUGGCUUCAAAAAAUGAUGAACACUUGAAAGAAAUAAAGGAACUCACAAAGAAACUGAAGGAGGCAGAAGAUAAGGAAGAGGAAAUGUCAAAUAAAAUUAAGGAGGAAAAACAAGAACUGGAAAACCAGCUGGAGGAAAUGAAGAAACAAGAGACAGUAUUAGCAGCACAGAUAGAGAGCUUACAAGCAGAUAAUGAUUUUGCUAAGGAGCAGUUAAUGGCUAUGAAAGCUCGAUUCGAAAAACUUAAAACUGAACAAAACGAAGAUGGAAUAUUUGAUAUAGUUGAAACAAAUGGAGUUGUGAUGCAACCACAAGGAAUCCAAGUGGAUAUCAUCAGUGAGAAGUUUAUAACUACAGAUGCAUCUGUCAAUGGUUCUUUGAGUAUAUCUGAAGAAGUGGAAAAGUUAAAAUGCCAGCUAGAGAAUUCAGAAAAAGACUUGGUAGAGAGCAGGAACAGGAUCCAAGAACUGACAAUGAAAUUGGACAAAGUUGAACAUGAAAAACAAAAGAGCCAAUUGACAAUUGAGAAGUUGAAAGGGGAAAUUGAUGUAUUGAAGGGAAAGCUGGAAGAUUUAAGUGAUCAAGAGACAAACGAUGCAUCACUGACAAUCAUUUACCGUAAUGGAGAUGAAGAAAAGGAGAGUGACACCUCAUCAUCAUGGAUAACUUCACAAGAAAAAUGUAACAAACUAAGGCUGGAGAUAGAAGAACUACAAGCACAGCACUUACAGAAUAUUGUCACCCAGCAUCAGCUGACCUGCACUGUAACCUUGUUAAGAGAACUUCUAAAAGAAGCCAGAGAAGAAAAAACGAAAGCAGAAGGAGAGGCUACUCAGCUACAAGAAGAGCUUGGAUAUAAAUCAAACUCUUCAGACCAAACACAACCAGAAUUGUCUGACCUUCACAAACUGAUGGAAAAGGCUCAGCAAGAGGCUAAAGACAGAGGUAACGAGGUGUUACAUCUUCAGACGGAAUUGACAAAAACAGGAGAAUCUCUGCAAGAUGCAAAACAACAAGUCACUGCCAUCAGAGAAAAAGUUUCAGAGUUGGAACAAGUUUCAAGAAGAAAACAGGAGGAAGUCAGCAGCUUAAAGAUCCUCCUGGAAGAAGAGAAAAAAGUUCAACAGAAACUAACUGCUGCUAUAGAACAAACGAAAAAACAACUCCAGGAGGUACAACAGAAUGCCAAACAAAGUCAGAAUGAAGCAGAACAUCUGAAAAAAAAAGUCAAGAGUCUUUCAGAGGAACUGAGAAAUAAAGCAAAUGUAGAGAAGUCUACAGUGGAAGAUAACAAAAAUACUGCAGAGUACAGUGCUGUCAGAGAGGAGUGUGCCAGCUUAAGGGCUAGGCUUCAGUCCUUAGAAGCAGAAAUUAAGAAAUACAGAAACGAUAAGGUAAAGUUGUCAUCUGACUACAAGAAGCUUCAGGAUUCAUAUGAUGAGUUAGAAACUUUAAAAAUUGCUCUUGAAAACAAAGGGAAUAACUACUGGAAGGAAGAAUUAGAAAACAUGAAAAGUAGAUUUGAAGGUGUUCAGGAAAAGCUGAUCAAGGCCCAGGAAGAGAUAUUUUUACUGAAUGAGUGUUAUGCUGAUUGUAACAAAGAAAAGUCACAUUUACAAAGAGAGUUAAAAGCUGCAAAAGAAGAUUUUCAGUGUAUGUCCAGCCACUCAAGAACAGUAGCCCUGUGUUCUGUUCUUUUUGCUGUGUUGCUUGCAUUUCUACUUACGUUCUGCCCAACGAUAUCGCAUGUAACGGGAACCAGUGAAGCCAACAAUCAGACUUGAACAACUAGUAGAACCUAGUGGCACAACUUGCUGUCCUACAUCUUUAUAGUUACACAAACUGAUUAGUGGUAAUGUUUGCUGUGAAGACACAUCACCAGCCCUCCACUGAUAAUGACUUAGGGUGGAAUGGCAUGUGCCCAGUGCAGAGUUUGUGAUGGAGUUAUAGUGAAAUAUUACAGUAAGGGGUUGUAACGACCAGUCCAUCUGAUGUACGUGUAUGCUCUUAUCUAGUUAUAUGUAUAUUUAUAAAUAUCUACAAACAGCUACUUGCAUGGUAAUGCCAUUGGAAGAACUCUGUAAAACUGAACGUUAAGUAUCGGCAAAGGUGCCAUAGAGAACAUUAUUAGUUAAGAUUCAUUUCAUGACCACAACUUCAAGGGUGAAAGUUUUUGUUUGCUGUGUUUUAAAUAUGGAGGUGAAGUUUUUGCUUAUUUUGACAUUUAAUCUAGUGACAAUGCUUUUUUGUUAAAGUUUAUUAACAAGUCUAAAAUAUUUCUUCCCAAGUAACUCUGCUGAUAUCUUGUUUUAUCUUUGUGGGCAUCCAGAAUUUCAGUGUGAUGGGUGUAUGCGAGUUGAAAGCUUAUUUUAAUAUUUAUCUUUAAAACAUCAAAUGAAACUUGUAGUCUGUCUGUAUUUUUUAAAGAAACUUCUUUGUUUUUCUGCUAACUCUCUUCCAUUAGACAAGGUAUGUAUUUUCUGAUCAUAUUAAUUCCCUUUGUUCAAGAUAUAUAUAUAUACUAGAGAGAGAGAAAGAUGUUUUCUUUUUUUCUCUAUGUACAGAUAAAUGUGUAUGGUUUCAUUAGAACAUAUUACAGUAUAUU